AUGGCUGGUAUUCGAAUGAAUAAGAGUUUCGGAUCUCUCGUCGUUGGCGCUGGUGGAUUCGAGAACCUCCCAUUUUUAGAAAAGGAUUGUUGUAAUUAUAUCGACAAGGCAAGACAUCUAAGGCUUGGUAAAGGUGGUGCAGGAGCGCUUCAAGAGUAUUUUUGUAGGAUGCAGUACAAAAAUCCUGGUUUCUUUGCACUGAUGGAUUUGGAUGAUGAGGGGAGGUUAAAGAAUGUCUUCUGGGCAAACCCUCGUAGUAGGGUAGCCUACCAAUACUUCAGUGAUGUGGUGACAUUCGACACUACAUACCUGACGAAUAGGUAUGGGAUGCCCUUUGCACCAUUUGUUGGUGUAAACCACCAUGGGCAAUCAAUUCUGUUGGGAGCAGGGUUGAUUUCCAGUGAGGAUACAGAGACUUUUGUCUGGUUAUUCCAGACGUGGUUGAAGUGUAUGGAUGGUAUCGCUCCAAAAGCUAUUAUCACCGAUCAAGACAGAGCAAUGAAAAAUGCAAUAGCUAUUGGUUUUCCUGAAAGCCGACAUCGACUUUGUUUGUGGCAUAUACUGAAAAAAGUGCCCGAGAAGUUGUCCUUCUAUGCUUCGUACAAAAGUGGGAUGAAGAAUGCAUUGAUGAAAUGUGUGUAUGACACGCAUACCAUUGACGAGUUUGAGAAAUCUUGGGAUGAGUUAAUCGAUACUUACCACUUGCAUGAUAAUGUCUGGCUGAAAAGUUUAUACACUGAGCGUGAGUAUUGGGUGCCGGCAUUCUUGAAGGACUGUUUUUGGGUUGGGAUGAGUACAACGCAGCGCAGUGAGAGCAUGAAUGCUUUUUUCGAUGGUUACGUUCAUGCUAAGACAAAAUUGAAAGAAUCUCCUAUCGAAAAGAGAUUUCAAGAGUUGUACACAAAUGCUAAAUUUAGGAAAGUUCAGAUGCAACUUACCGGCAUUAUCGAUUUGGAUCCAGCAUUACUUAAGAGGGAUGGUGCAGUAAAGACCUAUCUGGUAGAGGAUGAAGUUCGUGUGGAAGAGUUCAGUAAGUUGGUUACAUUUUCUGUGGACUUCAAUGAGGAAGAUGCAGAUGUUAAGUGUUCAUGUGGUUUAUUUCAGAUGAGGGGUAUACUGUGUCGGCACAUUCUCGCUGUAUUUAAGUGUAACGGGAGAAAAUCUCUGCCCGAGAAGUACAUUUUAGACCGAUGGAGGAAGGAUAUCAGAAGGAGAUACACGUUAAUCGAUAGCAGCUAUGAUGCAGGGGAUCAGCGGCCAGAUGCUUGCAGAUAUUCUAGUCUAUUAAAACUUGUUCAAGACAAAUCAGCUGUUGUCAGUGAUGGAACCCAGAUUGGAGAAACAGUGGGUGGGACUCAAGAAAGUGAAACAUUGGGGUUUUUUGGUAGAAACAUUGGUGAAGGAUUUUCAAGAGCUGCAACGAUAUGA